AUGAAUGAACUUGCCAUAUAUGACGACUAUGCAAUAGCAGAAGAGAUUCCUGAUCUCAUUUUAGAAGCAAUAUUUUCGUAUCUUAGCCUUAAAGAUCUCCGCAAUUGUGCUUUGGUGUGUAAAAAAUGGUACAGAAUACUUAGUGACGAAAAUAAUGAUGUAUGGCGAGUACAUUGUGUUAAAAGAUUGGUUGAAGAAGUUACGAAGUCUGAUUUAUUGUCUACUGUUACCACAUAUAAAUCGAAAUUAAGAGCUUUUUUUCAUGCGUGGAACCCACACGACUGUUCACGUAAUAUGUAUGUUAAACCCAAUGGUUUUACUUUACACAGAAAUCCUGUGGCACAAAGCACUGAUGCGUGUAGGGGCAAAGUUGGAUUUUACUAUGGAAGGCAUGCUUGGGAAGUAAUAUGGGAAGGCCCUUUAGGUACUGUAGCUGUAGUUGGUAUAUCAACCAAAGAUGCCCCAUUACAGUGUCAAGGUUAUGUUGGAUUGCUAGGGUCAGAUGAACAGAGCUGGGGCUGGAACUUAGUUGACAAUCAUCUAUUGCAUAAUGGCGAUUCACAAGGACAUUAUCCAUUGCUUAAUAAUUGUCCAAAAUAUCAGGUUGGUGAGCGGAUAAGGGUGAUUCUAGAUUGUGAAGAUAAUACCUUGGCCUUUGAAAGAAAUUAUGAAUUUUUAGGAGUUGCAUUCAGAGGUCUGCCAAAUAAAAAAAAACUUUAUCCAACAGUGUCUGCUGUGUAUGGUAACACUGAAGUCUCGAUGGUGUAUCUGGGGCCACCUGUGGAUGGCUGA